AUGGCAAACACAGGUGGAGAUCUUUAUCUUUUUGGAAAGAACUCACAUGGACAGCUUGGUUUAGAACUAUUCAACAGUGAUCAAGUUGUUUACGAUCAGGAUAACUUCACACCUAAACCAACAUUGUUGACAGCCUAUCCGAAUGUUACACAUUUCUCAGCGGGUAUCUUACACACUGGAUUCAUCAUGAAUGGCUCAUUGUACAUGUUUGGAAGUAACAGCUUUGGAAAGCUUGGUCUGGGCCACACUGAGGACAUCAAGAAACCAAAGAGUGUCUAUCUGAUCAAUGUCAAACAGGUGACAUGUGCCAAUGAACAUACCAUGGCAUUGACAGAGGAGGGAUUCGUCUACUCGUGGGGUCUGGGCACACUUGGACGUCUGGGUGGCUCAGGCACAACCAGAUCAGUGCCAGCACGUGUAGCUAUGCCGGGCACAAUAACUCGCAUCUUUGCUGGUGGAGCAAGCUCAGCCGCCAUCGCAGUCGACGGACUGCUAUACACUUGGGGCUACAACAAGUAUGGUCAACUAGGACUUGGCAUGGUGAAUGAGUUCCGCGAAGCACCAACACUGGUCAAGUUCUUCAACAACGAGGUCAAGAUUGUCGAUAUCUCAUUGGGCGAUCGCCACAUGGCUGGCAUUGAUAGCGAGGGACUGUUGUACACUUGGGGCUCAAACGCUGAGCUGCAGCUGGGCGAUGGUUACGAUGACAAGAGCACGCCAACACAAGUCUUGCGUCGCAGUGACAUCAGAUUCAUCAAGGUCAACUGUGGUGGCACAUUCACAUGCGCAAUAUCAAACGCGGACGAUGACAACAACCUAUAUCUCUGGGGCACAUUUGCAGACUAUGCUUCAAACACACCAAAGAAGUUCUUGUCCAAGGUGGAAGAUGUCACAUGCUCCCACGACUGCAGCAAGAACAUCAUCGCUGUGCGCAGUACAGGCGAGGUCUACACAUUUGGCUGGAGUCGAUAUGGACAGGCAGGUUCAACAGAGGAGGUUGCACCACUGGCCCGUAUGACAAGUAUUGUAGCACGACCAAAUGUUAUAUCAUGUGGUGGCUAUCACUCUGGCUUGCUGUUUAUCAGUUUGCCCGACCGUAUAUUCCAAAUGGUACACGAUGGUUAUUGGCCCAGCAAACCAUUGACAGUGGACGUGCUGGAGCAUCGCAACUGUGAUGGUGACAGCUUGAUGCACAUCAUUGCCAAGAAGCGAUUCGAUCAGCCACCUCUCAUUCAGCAAUGCAGUGCACUCAUCAACAAGACCAACAAAGAGGGUCGUCCACCAUUCUUCUAUUAUGGCAAGCUGCUCAACUACUGCAAGGACAAGCUGCCAUCAAUCUUCUUCAAGGAUCCAGAUGGGCAGACAUGUCUUCAUUAUUAUUGCAGGAAUGAAAUGUUUGAUGAUGUCAAUGAUAUCUUGUCGUUUGCUGCCUUUGAUGAAAGAGUCAGGGAUAAUGAUGGCAAGAGAGCAUUCGACUACAUUGACAAAUCAGUGUCCUUCAAGAUAAAGAAAAGGCAUAAUAUAUCGGAUAUUGGUAUAUUGUAUACUAAGGAGGACUCAAACUUGGCAGCAAAGAUAAAGAAAUCGAUUGAGGAGAAUGGAUAUACAGCAGACUAUCUAAAUGCUACUAGUGGAUCAAUCACCAAACGAUACAUUGGAUAUGUAUUCUUGGUAUCCCGUCAUUCACUGUCAAAUACAUUGGCCACUGAUCUUCUCAAGAAUGUCUUGGUCAAGGCACCAAUGAUAUCAAUAUGGGCUGAGAAGUUACAGAUAACAGACCCAACUCUUGAAUCAUGUAUAUAUCGAUCACAAUUGGUGGACUUCUCAAAUGAACAACUAUAUGAUAGUUCAGUGUCAGUGUUGAUUGAGGGUGUACAUAACAUCAUGGACUUUGUUCCAAAGGAGAAGGAAGUGGAGGACACUGAUCUCAAAGUUGAUGCAGAGUUCGUAAAGGUUUCUGGCGAAGAGAGUGUAUUCCUGAGUUAUGAUCGAACCAAGAAGGCCAAGUACAAGGAGCUAUUCACUUAUUUACAGGAUAGCAAGAUUAAGAUUGUUCCAGAGGAGAAGGGACUAUUAUCAAGUUGGGUAUUCAUUGUGAUAUUGGACUCUAAUGAACUUAGUGCACAAGUUAGAGACGAGAUAUCAUUGGCAGAGAAUAGGAACAAGCCUGUACUAUCGAUCUAUUACAAUCAAGACUGCAAGUUGAACAAGGCAUCACAGUACACAUUUGCCAAUGCCCCCAAGUUGAUAUUCGACGAGGAAGGCUUCCAACAACUACUCGGUUUGAUCAAGCUACAAUACGCAUAUCUCAAUAUCUCUGACAAACUAUUCAAUCUAUCGAAUCAAUAA